AUGAGUCCUUCCAAGUCCAAAGAAAAGCCAGGGUUUCUUGCUUACAACUUCUCAGUGGGCCAGUCCCAAAAGUGCGGGAAGAGGUUCACUGCUAGAAAGAGCCUUCAAAUACAUCACAGGAUCCACACCGGUGAGAAGCCCUAUAAAUGCUUAGUAUGCGGGAAGAGCUUCAAUUACAGUACAGCUUUGAAACGGCAUCAAACAAUCUACACUGCUGGGAAGCCCUAUAAAUGCUUAGAGUGUGGGAAGAGUUUCAGUCGGAGCUCACACCUUGAUGUCCAUCACAGGAUCCACACAGGCGAGAAGCCUUAUAAAUGCUUAGAGUGCGGGAAGAGUUUCAGUCAGUGUUCAAACCUUGAUGUCCAUCACAGGAUCCACACAGGCGAGAAGCCAUAUAAAUGCUUAGAGUGCACGAAGAGUUUCAGUCGUAGCUCAAAGCUUGAUGCCCAUCGCAGGAUCCACACAGGCGAGAAGCCCUAUGAAUGCUUAGAGUGCGGGAAGAGUUUCAGUCAAAGCUCAAACCUUGACGCCCAUCACAGGAUCCACACAGGCAAGAAGCCUCAUAAAUGCUUAGAGUGCGGGAAGAGCUUCACUGUUGGAAGGAGCCUUAAAACACAUAACAGGAUUCACACAGGUGAAAAGCCUUAUAAAUGCUUAGCGUGUGGAAAGACUUUCACUUGGAGGUCAGGCCUUAACUCCCAUCACAGGAUCCACACAGGUGAGAAGCCCUAUAAAUGCUUAAAGAGCGGGAAGGCCUUCACUGACAGUACAGCUUCUAAAGAGCAUCAAAGAAUUCAUACAGAGUGCGGAAAGAGCUUCACUGAUGGAAGGAUUCUUAAAAUACAUCACAGGAUCCACUCAGGUGAAAAGCCUUAUAAAUGCUUAGAGUGUGGAAAGACUUUCACUUGGAGGUCAGGCCUUAACUCCCAUCACAGGAUCCACACAGAGUGUGGGAGAAGUUUCAAUCGUAUUUCACACCUCAACAGACAUCAUAGAAUCCACACAGGCGAAAAGCCCUUUAAAUGCUUAGAGUGUGGGAAGAGCUUCACUGAUGGAAGCAUCCUUGAAAUACAUCACAGGAUCCACACAGGUGAAAAGCCUUAUAAAUGCUUAGAGUGCGGGAAGAGCUUCACCAUCGGAAGGAGCCUUAAAAUACAUAACAGGAUCCACACAGGUGAGAAACCUUAUAAAUGCUUAAAGUGUGGGAAGAAUUUCAGUAAGAGGACAAACCUUGACAGCCAUCACAGAACCCACACUGGCGAGAAGCCUUAUAAAUGCUUAGAGUGCGGAAAGAGUUUCAGUCAGAGCUCAGGCCUUAACGUCCAUCGCAGGAUCCACACUGGCGAGAAGCCCUAUAAAUGCUUACAGUGUGGGAAGAAUUUCAGUCGUAUUUCACACCUCAACAGACAUAAUGGAAUCCACACUGGCGAGAAGUCCUUUAAAUGCUUAGAUUGUGGGAAGAGUUUCAGUCUCAGCUCACAACUUAAUGACCACUACAGAACCCACACAGGCGAGAAGCGGGAAGAGCUUCAAUGA